AUAAACCCUUUCGAUGGGAUGUGGGUGCCUAUGUUCCUGUCUUAAACCCUUGUCAACUCAAUUCAUCGCCAAUGGCUUCUCUAGCCCCUAAAUUCCGCAAUGUUCCUAAUUUUUUCCACCGCGGCGUGUCUGCAGAGGAGCUCGAAGGUUUUCUUCUCGACUGAUUCAUUCAACUCGGCCCCGGAAUUUGAGGAUGCCGAUUUCCUUUCAGAGAGGCCGGAGUUACAGCUCCAUGGCGUUGAUCCCGGGAAAGGCUGGAAUUUCCGCGGCGUGCACCAUGCUAUUAUAUGCGGAAAAGUUGGUCAAGCCCCCAUCCAGAAGAUCUUGAGGAAUGGUAGAACUGUAACCACGUUCACUGUAGGAACUGGAGGUAUGUUUGAUCAGAGAACCAUAGGUUCGCAUGACUUGCCAAAACCAGCUCAGUGGCAUCGUAUUGCAGUUCAUAACCCUAUGCUUGCAGCCUAUUCAGUGCAACAAGUUGUGAAAAAUUCUUCAGUUUAUGUUGGGGGUGAUAUUGAAACAAGAGUCUACAAUGACAGCAUCAAUGGAGACGUAAAAAGCAUACCAGAAAUUUGUGUGCGCCGUGAUGGAAGGGUUCGGCUUAUAAAAGCAGGGGAAAGCAUGGACAGUAUUUCCAUUGAUGAGCUACGUGAAGGAUUAUUUUAGUGAUGUCCUGUCCAGUAGCCUGUGUCUUGAAUACGUUUCUCCUUUCUAUUGAUAUUUUUCUUAAAUUUUUAGCUUGCAGCGGUUAGAACUUAGAAUAGAUAUAAUUCAUAGUAUUUGAUAGAUCAUGCUGGUGUCAUAUUUGAAUUUUAAUGACUGAGCCUGCACUGCAGUAGAAUGCAUAUUACUUGACCCUUUGCUUA